CAUGUUUCGGUGGAUCAAUGCCUAUAGCGUCCGAGGUCCCCUCACCCGAACCUUACCGUAACGUCAUUUUGAUCAAUUGUUCUCACCUCAAUCUCACCUUAGAAUAGGUACCUUGCACAGAAAGAGCUGCGACUUGAUUGCAUGCGCAAUCGUUCGUGUAUGAGUGGAGCGACUGCCUGUUCGCUGCCUGCUCUAAUCUACCACCGCGAUCAACUGCUACUUUCUCACUCACGCGAUAAAACUACUCUUGUUUUCCACACGGCUCUUUCUUCUGUUAAAAACUUUAUAAAACUUUAUAAAUUUCUUUAAGUUUUUAUAAAUUUAUAAAACUUUAUAAAACUUUACUAAACUUUGCAAAACUUUGCAAAAUGACAGCCGAAUCAGACACCGCCAUGGUCGAUGUCAGUACCCCCUCGAUGGCCCCAACGACAACAGCAACUUCUCCAUUCCAAAGGAUCCCUCUCGAGGUCCUUCUACGAAUUACUUACUUCCUCACCACUCCCGAGCUAGGCAACGUCCGUCUGACAUGUCGCUCAAUCGAGCAGGCUUUGUACACUACUUUUACCAAUGAGUUCUUCACCCGCAAGCAGUUUAUGAUAUCAGAAACAAGUCUCCAGGCCCUCAUCGACAUUUCAAAGAGUCGACUCAGUUCCCAUCUUCGCAAAGUUCAUUUCGGGCUUGAUAGGUUUGCACAUGCCCUGCAAGUCCACGGUCACAAUGCCAGGACAGCGAGGCAGAUGGAGUUGUACAAUGGCCAGUUUUCUCUGUUGAGCACUGGGUACCACCGGGACAUGCUUGUGGAAGCGUUCAAGAAUCUCGAGAAUCUCGAAGAUGUCGUCAUUCGCGACUUCAACUCGGUUCGCCGUACACGCGAUGGCCCGGGUAAGCACUGGACAAGCUAUGGAUCGACAACGGCUUUGAGGGAGACGGGGUCUCGUCCUGGCCAGAACAGUGGUAUGGCCUGGGGACCUGAUACGUCAACGGCCUAUGGAAGCACGAUCUUCACAUCCGUACUCUUCGCCCUCGGACAGGCUGGUGCGAAGCCAAAGGGCAUCGAGCACAUGUCGCAUUCAAGGAAUCAUCUGCGAGACUGUGCCUUCAACAUCCCUUCCUACAUGGAAGCCUCGGUCACACCUGUUUUGGAGAAUCUUGAGAAGCUACACAUCGACAUCGAUUUACUCGGCGGGAGUGACUUUUCCAGUGACGAUGCUGCUGGUCAUUCGUCAACUGCGGAUAUGAUGCUUCGCAAGUUUCUCCUGAAAUUGAAGAACAUCAAGCACCUGCGCAUCAACGAGACACAUAGCAGUGUUACUGGUCCCGGUAUGCUUCUUGGGUGGCUAGGUCGCGAGAAUACCCCAUUGUCAAUGCCUCCAGUAAACCCUUCUUCUGCACCUGGCUCACCUCUUGCACCCCCUGAGCCGUCGCCGGAAUAUGACCGGCUGGAGGAGCUCAAUUUUGGAAUGAUGAAUGUGGAACCUCAGCACCUCCUUGCCGUUGCCCGAAAGUUUGCGCCUACGCUCAAGAGACUGGAACUACACAAAGUCACUCUCCGACGACGCCUGCCGGAUGGCCACUCGGGGACUCUACCGAAGAUGAGCUUCUGGAAUAAGUUCUUAGAGAAGCUCAAAGACAUCCCCAAUCUUGACUUACAUCACAUCAAGAUCAGCUUUCCUCAACAACAGUGGGCUUCACGGCCAACACGCUCUUUUGUCACAUUUGAAGGUCAGAAAGAGAGUGUGAAACAGUACACCGGGACGGAUUGGAAGUACUUUGUUGGACACGAGAUGAUGCCCAAGAUCAGUGUGCAAUGGCCGAGUGAAGACACCAGCGCGGAUGAGGAUGAUGAUGACGGUAUUUGGGACCUAUAUGCGCUUGAUCUAUAAGCGCGGGGUUUUGCUAACGAUGUAUGACACAGAUGUUUCCGACGACGAGGACGAUGAGGAUGUGGAAUAGCGGACCGGUAUCAGGCGGAUUGCAUGUGUAUUAUUCAGGAUGAAUAACACCUCCUACCUUACUACGUACUUAUAAAUCAAGGUGCCAGAAAUACCAAAUCUAAGGUCUACUAAAUC